GCGGGCGCGAGGCGUGGAUGCUGUGGGGGCGCAGUCGGGCCUGCGCGUGGGCCCGAGGCCGAGGGAAGCGGGGCCCCGGCAGCGCGGUAUUGACACAAAGGCAACUGCCUUGAAGACACUUGUACCUCCUACCAUUGUCAACUGAUUCUUGCUGGAAUCUGUAAUUCUACUUUGGAACACAUGAAUAACCUCGUAUCUUCAAAACCGUCUACCAUGAAACUGAAACAGACCAUCAACCCCAUCCUUUUAUAUUUCAUACAUUUUAUAAUAUCACUCUAUACAGUUUUAACAUACAUUCCAUUUUAUUUUUUAUCUGAGUCAAGACAUGAAAAAUCAAAUAAAAUUAAAGCAAAACCUGUAAAUUCAAGUCCUGAUUCUGCGUACAGAUCUGUAAAUAGUUUGGAUGGCCUGGCUUCAGUGUUGUACCCUGGCUGUGAUACACUAGAUAAAGUUUUUAUGUAUUCCAAGAACAAGUUUAAGGACAAAAGACUUUUGGGAACACGUGAAGUUUUAAAUGAGGAAGAUGAAGUGCAACCAAACGGGAAAGUUUUUAAAAAGGUCAUUCUUGGACACUAUAAUUGGCUCUCCUAUGAAGAUGUUUUCAUCCGAGCCCUUCACUUUGGAAGCGGCUUGGAAGUGUUGGGUCAGAAACCCAAGACCAACAUCGCCAUCUUCUGUGAGACCCGGGCCGAGUGGAUGAUCGCCGCCCAGGCGUGCUUUAUGUACAACUUCCAGCUUGUCACAUUAUAUGCUACUCUGGGAGGUCCAGCCAUUGUUCAUGGAUUAAAUGAAACAGAGGUGACCAAUAUCAUCACAAGCAAAGAGCUCCUGCAGACCAAGUUGAAGGAUAUCGUUUCCUUGGUCCCACGCCUGAGGCACAUCAUCACUGUGGACGGGAAGCCACCCACCUGGUCCGAGUUCCCCAAAGGCGUCAUCGUGCACACCAUGGCUGCGGUGCAGGCCCUGGGAGCCAAGGCGAGCGUGGAGAACAAACCUCACAGCAAACCACUGCCCUCAGAUAUUGCAGUAAUUAUGUAUACAAGUGGAUCCACGGGAAUUCCCAAGGGAGUCAUGAUCUCACAUAGUAACAUUAUUGCUGGUGUGACUGGGAUGGCAAGAAGAAUUCCAAGACUGGGGGAGGAAGAUGUCUACAUUGGCUAUUUGCCUCUGGCCCAUGUCCUGGAGCUGAGUGCCGAACUCGUCUGUCUCUCCCAUGGAUGCCGCAUUGGCUACUCCUCACCACAGACUUUAGCAGAUCAGUCUUCAAAAAUUAAAAAAGGAAGCAAAGGGGAUACAACCAUGUUGAAACCAACCCUGAUGGCAGCUGUUCCGGAAAUUAUGGAUCGGAUCUACAAAAAUGUCAUGAAUAAAGUGAAUGAAAUGAGUAGCUUUCAGCGUAAUCUGUUUAUUUUGGCCUAUAAUUACAAAAUGGAACAAAUUUCAAAAGGACAUAGUACUCCACUGUGUGACAGGCUUGUUUUCCGCAAGGUUCGGAGUUUGCUGGGUGGAAAUAUCCGACUUCUGCUGUGUGGUGGCGCUCCACUCUCUGCAGCCACACAGCGGUUCAUGAAUAUCUGUUUCUGCUGUCCCGUUGGCCAGGGGUACGGACUCACGGAAUCCACUGGGGCCGGAACAAUUACGGAAGCGUGGGACUACAAUACGGGAAGAGUGGGAGCACCGUUGGUGUGCUGUGAAAUCAAAUUAAAGAACUGGGAGGAAGGUGGAUAUUUUAAUACUGAUAAGCCACAUCCCAGGGGUGAAAUCCUUAUUGGUGGCCAAAAUGUGACGAUGGGCUACUACAAAAAUGAAGCAAAAACCAAGGCUGAUUUCUUUGAAGAUGAAAAUGGGCAGAGGUGGCUUUGCACUGGAGAUAUUGGAGAAUUUGACCCUGAUGGUUGUUUAAAGAUUAUUGAUCGUAAGAAAGACCUUGUUAAACUCCAGGCAGGGGAAUAUGUUUCCCUUGGAAAAGUAGAGGCUGCUUUGAAGAACCUUCCACUAAUAGAUAAUAUUUGUGCAUAUGCAAACAGUUACCAUUCUUAUGUCAUUGGAUUUGUUGUGCCAAAUCAAAAGGAAUUAACAGAACUGGCUCGGAAGAAAGGACUUAAAGGAACUUGGGAAGAGCUGUGUAACAGUUCUGAAAUGGAAAAUGAAGUACUCAGAGUGCUUUCUGAAGCUGCUAUUUCAGCAAGUUUGGAAAAGUUUGAAAUUCCAGUAAAAAUUCGUUUGAGCCCUGAACCAUGGACCCCCGAAACUGGCCUGGUGACAGACGCCUUCAAACUGAAACGCAAGGAACUUAAAACCCAUUACCAGGCGGACAUUGAGCGAAUGUAUGGGAGAAAAUAGUUAUUCUCUUUUGAUAUCGGUUUGCUACAGUGAUCUCAGAUCAAAUAGGAUAAUACUUGAAGUGCAAGUCUCAAACGUGAGACGACUCCAUUCCUCAUGUUAAACCGAAACAGUUCUUCUCAUCACAUCACCAUUUCUAACUGACAGGAUUAGUAAAAUAUUAAGACAGAAAACUUGUGUCUGUCUCUUGUUUGUUUUCCCCCUAUUCCAGUUUACCACCUGUGACUAUAAUUGUCAGAAUGAAUUUUUCUGAAUCUUAUUGGGGAAACAGUGAUUUUAAAACCUCAAGUUUUUAAACAUGAUUUAUAUGUUCUGUAUAAUGUUCAGUUUGUAACUUUUUAAAAGUUUGGAUGUAUAGAGGGAUAAAUAGGAAAUAUAAGAAUUGGUUAUUUGGGUUUUUUUUUUACCUAACUAUAUUUAAAACAUGCAAGGGUAUUGAUGUGAAUUAUGUAAAUUUCAAAUGCUUAUGAAUCAAAUCAUUGUUGAACAAAAGAUUUGUUGCUAUGUAAUUAUUGUCUUGUAUGCAUUUGCGAAAAAUAAAUAUACCCCACUUAUGUUUUAAGAA